AUGGUGUCCAAAUAUUUCCUACUAUUUUUAAUUCCGGCACUCGUCGAAUGUCGGAUAUCAGUAAAGAUAACAGCUGCAGAGUCGGAAUCAGAAGCUGAGGUCGAAUACAACGGUGAGAAUGUGGAGAUCAUCAGCGACCGGGAACGGCAGACUUUUGACAUAGGUGACAGGAGCCUGAAGAAUGCAGUCGAGAAGUUUGCUGAUGCAGCGCCGACAGACGUGUACGUGAAGAGCCCCACUCCCUGGAACGAUGUCUACAAGACUUACAAAUGGGAACAAGUUAAACGGGUCCUCAGACCAGUCAGAACAAGGGUACUGGGAGUGCACACGAAGCCUGUCAUCGUGGCGACACGGGAGUUUGAGAACCACAGUGGUGUCAAGGCCAAAUACAACGCCGCCAUCUUCCAUGAGAUUACGGAGACGUUCUCCAAUACUUGGUCAGUUGGGGGAGAGCUCGAAAUCGGGCAGGAGAUCACAUACAGUGUCAACUUCGGCGUGGGAAGCGCAGGCGGAACGACCAAAUUCUCUUAUGCUGCUAACUGGGGAAAUGAUACGACCAGGGAGAAGUCGGCGACGCUCGGGUCUUCGACUAGCGUGGAGGUGGAACUGAAUCCAGGACAGGCAGUGAUUGCGAGCCUCACGGCUACUCAAGGUACCUUAGACGUUGAGGUGGAGUACGAGGCGCGGCUCCAAGGUGUUGUAUUCGCUAACUACCGCAACAAGUACAAGGACCAUUACUUCUGGGCCUUCCCAAUAACCUCAGUGCAGUCCGCCGGAGGUUUGCCGCGGACUAUCAGCUCCACUGAGAAGAUCUCUAUUGGAUUCUACACAAGCGCGCGCGUCGACAUUAAAGACAAGGUCACCACCGGCAGAGAGAGAGAGAGAGAGAGAGAGAGAGAGAGAGAGAGAGAGAGAGAGAGAGAGAGAGAGAGAGAGAGAGAGAGAGAGAGAGAGAGAGAGAGAGAGAGAGAGAGAGAGAGAGAGAGAGAGAGAGAGAGAGAGAGAGAGAGAGAGAGAGAGAGAGAGAGAGAGAGAGAGAGAGAGAGAGAGAGAGAGAGAGAGAGAGAGAGAGAGAGAGAGAGAGAGAGAGAGAGAGAGAGAGAGAGAGAGAGAAGAAUAGACCAUUGA